AUGAACGCUGCUCAAGGUAAUCCAAAUCCUCAGGUAUUUUAAUCACCGAUUUGUUUGUUAAAUUUUGGAAAUUUUUAUUCAGGAAGCACAAGAACAAGCACGAAAACAAGCAGAAAAUCAAGAAAAUGCUAAAAAUAGUAUGCUUUCUCAGGUAAUUUUCUAGUUGUUACUUAAAUUAAAACAAUCAAAUAGAAAUAUUAAGAUUCUGGAUCAACAAGCACUUCAUCGACUAAGCAAUUUGGCUGCUGCAAAACCCGAAAAAGCUCAAAUGGUUGAAGCAGCUCUUAUCAAUAUGGCCAGGUAUUUUGUUUCAUUGAAUUUUUUCUAGAAAUAAUGUUAUUAUUUUUGUAGAAGAGGUCAAUUAGCAGGAAAAAUGUCGGAUGAAGGAUUGAAACAACUUAUGGAAAGAGUAUCUCAGCAAACUCAAAAAACAACGACUGUCAAGGUAAAUUUAUUUGAAAAGGGAGUUUUUUGAAAAAUAGAUAUUGAUAAUAAAUUUACAUUAGGGAAAUACGGGUCAGAAUUAGAAUGUUAUUUUAUAAUGGAAUUUAUGAAGUAAGUUUGGUGAACCUUGAAGUUUCAGUGGAUUUUACAAUAUGAAUACUUUUAUAAUUUUUAUUUUUACUUGAUUGUGAAACAAUAUAUUUUUUUCAUAUUUUUAUUUUUCAUAUUUUUUACUUUGCAACAAAAUGUUCUGCAUGAAUCCACAUGCAGAUGCAUUUUCUUAAAUACAAUACACAACUCUAAUUUUCAUCCCGUGUUUUCCUAUUUUAUAAUUUUACAUUGAUUCCAAAAUGAGGUUCCUUUAUGAGAGAAAAACUCAAAUUCUGUUACAAUUUUUGUUUUUAGUUUGAUCGCCGGCGUAACAAUCUCGAUUCGGACGAUGAAGAUGAUUUAUAA